CCACACUUUUUUCACGUCACGGAAUCACUACUACGCAACUGCACAGGAGCAACUUGACGUAUACGACCUAAACCUGACCUAAGCGCCGCCUGGUAGCGACAACUGUUUUAACAUCACAACUGUCAAAAUGGCGCUCAAGGCACAAGUCGGUCAAAAGAUUAUGAAUGAGGUGAUCAAACAGAGAAAGAAAACAGCAGGGGGUGUAGAAUGGAGGAUCUUAGUUGUGGAUCAACUUGCGAUGAGAAUGGUGUCCGCCUGUUGCAAAAUGCACGACAUCAGCGCCCAGGGUAUAACCCUGGUCGAGGACAUCAACAAAAAAAGAGAGCCUUUGCCAACAAUGGAAGCAAUUUAUCUGAUCACUCCCUGCAACCCAUCAGUGCAAAAGCUUAUGGAUGAUUUCAACAAUCCAACAAGAACUAUGUACAAGAGCGCCCACGUCUAUUUCACUGAAGUGUGCCCGGAGGAGCUGUUCAAUGAACUCUGCAAAUCACUCGCUGCUAAAAAGAUAAAAACUCUGAAAGAGAUCAACAUUGCGUUCCUGCCUUACGAAUCGCAGGUAUUUUCGCUGGAUUCUCCUGAGACAUUUGCGUGUAGUUACAAUCCUUCGUUUAUAAAUUUGCGAAAUGCAAAUAUGGAGAGAAUCGCUGAACAAAUUGCAACGCUGUGCGCAACUCUUGGGGAAUAUCCAUCAGUCAGAUAUCGAAGCGACUUUGACCGUAACGUAGAACUAGCGCAAAUGGUUCAACAAAAACUGGAUGCCUAUAAAGCAGAUGAACCAACAAUGGGAGAAGGACCAGAAAAAGCACGAUCUCAACUUUUGAUUUUAGACCGCGGAUUCGACUGCGUUUCUCCGCUACUUCACGAACUAACUCUCCAAGCUAUGGCUUAUGAUUUGCUCGAAAUAGAAAACGACGUUUAUAGGUAUGAAGCGUCAGCUGGCCAAGCUGAGAAAGAGGUUUUACUGGAUGAAAACGACGAGUUAUGGGUCGGCCUUCGACAUCAGCACAUAGCUGUUGUCUCACAGAAGGUCACCGCAAAGCUGAAGGAAUUCACUGAAUCCAAGAGGAUGCCUCAGGGAGACAAGCAAAGCAUGAGAGAUCUCUCUCAGAUGAUUAAAAAAAUGCCCCAAUACCAAAAAGAGUUGAGCAAAUAUGCAACGCAUUUGCAUCUAGCUGAAGACUGUAUGAAGCGCUACCAAGGAAACGUUGAUAAACUUUGUAGAGUUGAACAGGAUUUGGCUAUGGGAACUGACGCAGAAGGCGAGCGUAUCAAAGAUCAUAUGCGCAACAUUACCACAAUUCUACUCGAUCAAACUGUUGACAAUGCUGACAAACUGCGAAUAAUAGCUCUUUACGUUAUCAGCAAGAAUGGUAUCACGGAGGAAAAUCUUAAUCGUCUAGUUCAUCAUGCGCAAGUCUCACCCGAUGACAAGCAGACAAUUGUAAACAUGGCAAACCUUGGAAUCAACGUCGUGGUUGAUGGUAACCGCAAGAAGGUGUACACAGUGCCACGGAAAGAAAGAAUUACAGAACAAACUUACCAGAUGAGUCGCUGGACUCCCGUGAUCAAAGAUAUCAUGGAGGAUUGCAUCGAAGACAAAUUGGAUGGCAAGCACUUCCCAUUCUUAGCAGGUCGUGCGGCCAGCUCUGGCUAUCAUGCUCCGACCAGCGCUCGUUAUGGUCACUGGCAUAAAGACAAGGGCCAGCAGACGAUCAAAAACGUACCCCGAUUGAUAGUAUUUAUCGUUGGUGGUGUUUGCUUCUCAGAAAUACGAUGCGCGUACGAAGUCACAAAUACUUUGAAAAAUUGGGAAGUCAUCACAGGCUCAUCGCAUAUAAUCACACCGAAAUCGUUCUUGAAGGAUUUGAGUAACCUACAUGUCUAAUAAGAGAGCGUCAGAAGAAUGACAUUCCUGCAUUUAAUGUUAUGCUAAAUUCUUUAAACCCUCUAGGUAAUUAGCCUCGGUUUCCAUCAGUAUUAUCAACCAUAGAUUAGAAUCAGUGGAUUCUCGAUGUCAAUUCAUUGUAGCGAGUGUUAUCUUAUUACAAAAAGAGCAAAGGUAAACGACAACCCAAGAUCGUACCUAAGCGGGGUGAAAAUAUAGAAAUAGCUUUAGCAUCUUAGGCAUUUAGCUUGACAAAUAAAAUAAGCGUAAUUUUAUGUUACUAAAUAUCAAUCGAAGAGUAAAAUUAUUGGAUAAAUAAAACGAAUGAAAAACAAAGGAAAAUAAAAAAAAAAGAAUAAUUUUAUAGUAGAGAGCAAGAAAGAGAGAAGUUACCAAAAUUAAGUGCCUGUAUGGUGGACAAUUCAUUCGAUUUAUGCGUUGAUAAUGCUGAUCGUAAAAGUAUGUAGUGUUCAUAAUCUAUGAUGUAUAAAUACACACAUGCGUACAUACAUAAUAUAUAUUUGUAGAAUAGAUUUUCAAGCAAUAUAUGACGUUCUAUCAUGAUAUAUUUAUUCAGAGAUCAUUAAAUAAUUCGAAUUAUAGUGAGAACCUACAAAUUAUAUAAUUAUGAUUUUUUUAUUAUAUGAAAAUCAAAAAUCUUACUUGCCGAGCAAAAAGAAAAAUUCGUGAUAAAUGAUGAAUGAUAAUAUAUACAAUUGAUAUAAUAAUUGUGUAAAUUUUUAGUGACACGCUAUGAAAUUCUUGAAUAUUCAAGCCAGUUACAACUUUGAUUUCAAAUCACUAUUCGUAAUCGAGCUUAAUUCUCAUUUUUUACGUAUAUUAUUACUUUUGUGUUAGAAAAGACUCACCUUCAUUUGAACAGCAUUAUAGCCACAAAAAAACAACUACGCUGCUGGUUCAAUCUUCAUGGCUCUAAUUUAUUUUCAUUUUUGUAAUUUUGUCUUCUUGAGUAUUAUCUAACUGUCUUAAGUCCUAACAAAGUUAUCAACGAUACGUAGAAUAAUAAAUUCACUCACCCCAGAAACUUGUUGUCUGACGUUCUUAAGCAAGAAUAAUCAAGCUGUAAUUCUUUGCCCUUAGGCAAUGGUUAUACCGAAGCAAACUUAGAUUAAACAGAAACUACCGGUGCUACGCGUGGCUGCGCCUAGAUUAUAGAUGAACAGCAUGUUUCCCUCCAAUAUAUUUAGUUAUUUAAUUUCUCUUUUUAAUCGAGUGGGGAACAAAAAAAAUAUGAAAAGGACAAUAGUUUUAUCGGAUCAACGUAUCGCACGAAUCUGUAUUAAUCAUUGUGAAACUUGGAGAAUCUUUAAAUAUUAUAACUUAUUACACACAGGAUAUGUAUAUCGUUGAGAAUUAUUGCAUGUACCGAAUUCUUCAACGGAGAGAAAAUUAAUUUGUUGUGUAUAGAUUCACUAAAAAGGGGUAAUAUGUUACAACUUAGUCCAUAAAUGAAUAAAUUUAAAACUAGGAUGAACCAUAGCAAAACGGAUCCACGAUAUUGAGAAGGAAUAAUUUUAAUUGAAAGAAAUAUUAAUAUAUUAUUACGAUCAUCAAUAAUCAAAUUACUAUCACUAUUAUUGUUAUCAUCAAAUUAUUAUUAAUGUUGUUAAAAUAUCAUUAAAGAAAUUUAGCGAUAUUCAUAAAUUAUUAUUGUAUGUAUCUAGCUGUACGCUAAUUGAAGUGUUCCGCUUAUAAAGGCCUACAUGUCACCAUGGA